ACAUCAAACGCCACGGAACAAUCAGGUUCGGCCUAUCUCGACGGGGAAGCCACUGUGACAGUACGCAAAGGGAGGUCGAUCUUAAUUCUCCAUAACAAAAGUACAAAGGCCAGUCGGAGACCAAAGACAGUUUAACACCUCCCUCUGUCCGCGCGCCCAGGCGGCGCCUCGGCGGAUAGAGCGCGUCUCUCUCAUUAGGACAAGAUGGGACGACCUGAAAGAUGCAGAGGUGAGGGAGGGGGGUGGACAGCGACUACAAAAACAACUCAUCUUACCUCGCAUAACCCAACUUGGCAAGGUAGAAAAGCAGUGUGAAGAGAGAUCGUUCAUUUUUUGGGCCUGUCUUGGGCCGUUUUGUGGAAAAUGAGAAGCUUGUAAAAAUAUUUGGAUUACUAGGGGACUAUAGAGGAAGUGAAACUCAACGGUAAAAUGUUAGGAGAAGGCAGGGAGUCGCCAGUGUCUACUGUCGUUCAGGCUGACAGUGACCAAGGAGAUGAAGAUUGCCCUCGUAUUUCACUCCUGAACGGAAUAGACCAAAGUCGGCGACACCGGACCGCGUUCACACGGGAGCAGCUGAACCGUCUGGAGCAAGAAUACUGCAAAGAAAGUUACGUGUCUCGACCCAGACGAUGUGAAAUGGCUGCAGCGCUAAACCUCCCAGAAACAACGAUAAAGGUCUGGUUUCAGAACAGAAGAAUGAAGGACAAGAGACAACGUCACAGUCUACUCUGGCCUAAUCUAAUGGACCCAAACCUGUGUGCUUUCAUGGUGAGCCAGGCGGCAUCAGGACUGCCCUACCCACUGCUACCCCACAUACCUCUUCAUCUGUACUCUCACCUGGGCAUGGGUUACUCAAACCCUUAUGUUGCCACAACAAGGUCAGUGGACACUGUGCACCUCCCUCCUUCAACCUACCCCUGGCUGGGUGGACUUCCACAGCCAACUUUGUACUCCCCUGCUCAGACGAUGCACCAUCCUGUGGCAUGCCCAUGUCCCCACUGCCUCCACUGGAGACCGGAACAACAGCGUAAAGCCGGAGGGGGAGCCAGCCUGGAGUUACGACAGGCACGCAACUCAAAACCUUUGGCAAUGCUUCAGGACAAUAGCAAAGAGGUGUCUUUGCCUCAAUAAAGAUGAUGUCACGUUUUAUUUAUGUAUCUGUACAGUUCAGAAUCUAGA